AGAGAGAUGUUAUUGCACCUGAACCCCCGCUUUCCCACCUCCACAGGGACAGAGAUGGCCUUUGCAAGCGGAAUUAGCCAGCCUGACCCAUGACGCUGGGGGGCAGGGCAAAUAGACUGCAAGUCCCAGCGUGCAAAGCAGCAUGGCAGGGUGCAUUGCACGAUGGAACUUACAGUUUCUAGGGGCUGUUACCGGGAUACCACCGUAAACACGGCUCCCAGGAGUCGCACUGUUCUCUGUGCGCCGGGCCGGCUCCCAAGCACCAUGCAACCUAUGAUAAAAAUAGUCCCAGGGGUGUGGUACUGGAAAGAGGAUACCAAAACACUUGAAUUUGCAAGCUCCAUCACCACCGCAGAUGCUAAAGAGAAACUCAAGAAGGGCAAAACCAUCCAUUUUCAGGAAAUGGGCAGUAAAACACUAGACAGAUCGACUCCUAGUAUGUUUCGAGAUUUGUUUGGUGCAAGAUUCCCUGAGAAAAGAAUGAAUAUACAAGAAGAGAAAUCCCCUAGGCUAUCGAAGCGGGGACAAAAUGAGUGUAUUACAUUAGACGAUGUUAAAUAUGCUGCUUUGUUUCUUGUUCAAGAAGAUGAAUCAUAUCAUAUACCAUCUUUUACAGCAGUUAUGAGGAGUAAGCAGCUGGAUGAGUUCCUCAUGGCUCUGCUUUUCUAUUUAUCGUAUUAUCUGGAAAAAAUUGCCCUGGAAAAGAAACCCAAAUCUUUUAUGGUAAACCCCAGUGUGUUAGACCAAAAAGAACUGGAAGAGACAUUGGCUAAGCUAGCAGGAACCAAGAAACACCUUGCCAAGGUGUACUGCAUUCUUAUUCUUGGACUAGGAAGGGCUGAGCAGCAUCACAUGGCUUGUGGAAAGAGAAAAACAUCAUCAACACAGAAGGACCGAGAGUUCUUUGAGUGCUUCUACAACUUCUGUACAUAUGUGGCCUGGGUGGUGUUCAGACGGAAGCACUUCCAAGAGAUUCAGGAAGAAGUGGGCAGGCUUCUUCGCUCUGACAUAUUUAACCCUGCCUUGAGAGAAAAGAACAGCCCCAACCUGCAGAAAACAGAGGUCUCUGCCGAUCAGAAGAAAGUUAUCUUUCCCUAUCACAGGAGUGUAUAUGCCAGACGCCCAGCGAUAAAGAGUGUCGUUGGCCAGCGCUCGCCGGUGCUCAGUACGCUACUGCCCUUGCCCAAAGACAACGGUCAGUAUCUCUUCCAGAACCAUUACCUGCAUCGGGGCAGAACCCUUCCAACCUGCAGCAGCAAGGACCUGCCGGACUACUCAACAUUUGAGCUUACACCCAAGGUUGGCAUCAUUGGAGCCCUUCGCAGCAAGUUCAAUCCCCACACUCUCAUGCCUAUUGGGGUGAUUGAGGAGGAGGAGGAGGAGAAGAAGGAAGAACAAAGAACAAAGAGAAACAGUUUCUCAGCCAGUUCAUAUAACCUGGCUUUGUCAUCCCCCAGAGGCACCCAAGUUGGAAUCAGUCACCCGAGCAUGGUACUCUCAAGAGUAACUACGGAGGGGGACUACUCUGAGAAUGGGUAAUAGAAAUGGCGCCCUCUAGCACUGAGGGUAAUUCUAGCAUGUAUUAAGUAAACCACUUUGAAGCUUCAUGUUUAAGAGCAGAGGCCAUUUGUUACAGGUAGUGCAGCCUAGUGAAUAGGGCACUGGACUAGGAUUUAGGAAACCUAGGUUCUGUUCCUGGCUUGGCCACUGACUUGCUGUAUGACUUUG